GAGAAGAGGCCGCCAUAGCAACGGCGGGAUGAACGCGCCUCCGGCCUUCGAGUCCUUCCUGCUCUUCGAGGGCGAGAAAAAGAUCACCAUCAACAAGGACACCAAGGUGCCCAACGCCUGCCUGUUCACCAUCAACAAGGAGGACCACACGCUCGGCAACAUCAUCAAGUCGCAGCUGCUCAAAGACCCCCAGGUGCUGUUUGCAGGGUACAAGGUCCCACACCCUCUGGAACAUAAAAUCAUCAUCCGUGUCCAAACCACGCCAGAUUACAGCCCCCAGGAAGCUUUCACCAAUGCCAUCACAGACCUGAUCAGUGAGCUCUCCCUCCUGGAGGAGAGGUUCAGGGUUGCAAUUAAGGACAAACAAGAAGGAAUUGAGUAAAAUGGAGCAGACUGUUGCUUCUGAGGCAGAAUGAUGUGUCUGUUACUGGAUGAAAUAUUUAAACCUCCACUCAUGGCAAAUAUUUUCCCCCUUGUCCCACUUCUGUUUAAUUUUUGACAGUAAUAUUUUUAAUUUUUUUUUUCCUAGCCAACAGGCACUUUGCCAAGAGGAUAAAUGUCAUGUUGGAUUUGGUGGAUAAGUCAUUAAAGUGAUUUUUAGUUUUCUAAUUGGAGCUUUAAGGCAAAUAUUUGUCCUGGGCUGCUGGGGAGGUUGCUGUGGGUAGGAUUCCAGCAUGAGAAGCUGCUCAGUGACAGCUGGAGAUGAACUCUCUGCUUUUUCCUGCCAAAAAUUCCAGGCACUGCCAGCUGAACUGGUAUUUUGUUUUAUUAAGUGUCAUUUCUAUAAAACAAAUGCACAAAUUGUGAAAACUUACAGUAAAAGGAACCAGAUGUUCACAAUGAACUGAUGAGUUUAACAAAC